AUGACGAGCCAAGAGCGCCAGGCAGCCGUUUUGGUGCUCGUGGAUCGACUGCUGAAGGUCACCCACUCGGAUGCACCAGGCCACGAUCCCGCGCGCUUUACGCAGCUCUGCGACGGCAUCGCGCUGUUCGCAAUGCUGCGGCUAAUCGCCCCCAACUCAUUCCCGUCGACAUGCUCUGACUCCACUGAAGAGGACACGGUCGCCUCCUUGACAGGGCCGAUGCCGGUGGAGGAUGUGCAGCAGCGAAGGCGCAACAUGAACCUGCUUCUCCGCUACAUCAGCGCGUACGCUCAGGAAGCCAUGCGCACUACAUCCUCAACGUCUGUCACGCACGGCCUUGAUCCAGCGGUACUCGCUGGCUUGCCAGUCGCUGGUGAUGACGACUCCGCCGCAGCAGACGUGGCACAGCAGCAGCAACUCACACAAUUGGUUGGCGUUGCUGUCGCUCUUGUCGUGCUCAGUGGCGUGCCUGCUGUCUUGAGCGAGGUCAGGGCUCUGCCUCGGCAGGAGCAGGUGGUGUUGUCGGACUGGGUGAAGGAGAUAAUGCACGCCUACCAGCUAAAGCCUCGUCAGCACGCUGGUGCUGCAUCUGAGCAGGGUUCAUCUAGCUCGUCAUCACAUCUUCGCUCGUCAAUGAACCCGCAGUUCGCCGGUGGCGGCCUCGUGGCAGCCUCUCCAAUGGUCCCACGUGGCACCGCUGGCUUUGCACCGUCGCCCCCGUCCCACCGCAGUGCCAACUUGAACGCCGCCGCCGCUGGCGAGGAGGACGAGGGCUACUACCGCAACGCCACCUACCAGCUACGGCGCGAGCUGGCCGAGGUGACGACACAACUUGCCGCAUUGCACGAUGCCUACCGGGUGAGCACAGCGGACAAAGAGGCGGCAGAGGGUAAAUAUCGACUGCUGCUUAGUGAUCAGGCAAAAGUGUCUCCCGCCCUGGGUGCGAUGUCGGUGGCGGCGGCAGCAGAGUGCAGCGAUAGCAAAGCCGGUGAUGACAGCAGUAGCGAUAUCCUCUCUGUGUGGCAGCGGCGCUGCGCACAGAAGGACAAGACCAUCGCGGCCCUGGCCGAGCGUGCGAAUCAGCAAUCUACGCAGGUGGUGGCGCUGAAAGAGGCAGCGGCUGCCCACGAGAUGGCCCUGCAGGCGUUGCGCCGCCGCCUCAAGUCAGCGGAGGAGGCUAUCAUGGUGAAGUCAGAGGAGCGACGCGAGGCAGUGCAAAAACUCGCGGUAGCGGAAGACAGGCUCGCUGCGCAGAUGAGGGCACGCGUGGAGCUGGAGACGCAGGUCGAGGAGCUGCAGUCGCGUGUGCUCGUGCUCACGGUGGAGCAGGACCGACUGCGUGGACUCGGCAAUGACGAUACCAACCAACUCAGCAGCUCUUUCGCCUCCAACGGGUCGGUUGACCGCUUGUUGGCAUUGGAGAACGAGCUGGAUGAGGUGCGGCAGCAGCGCGACAGCCUGCAGUGGCAGGUUGGCAUUCUGCAGCGCCAGAUGGGUGCCAUGGUUGCUCCCGUCGCCGACGUGUCCACCGCCAAUGACACGUGGCGAGCUCAGCUACGCCAGGUCGAGCGAGAGAGGGAGGACCUGCGGCAGCAACUCACUACCGCCCUAGAACGGGCCGGCGGACUUCAGCAGCUGCUGACGGCGAGUGCCGCCGCUUCCGCUGUGGUGGAUGUGAGUGGCGGUGGCGCCGGCCCGGAUGGACCAGCCAGCGGCACCGCGAAUGCAGACGCCAGCAUUACAAGCGUAGCGGAGGGCAGUGACGCAGACAUGAGCUUGUGUGACGCCGACGCCGACUCUCUGUGGAGGCGAAAUAUGGGCCUCGAGCCAAGCAGCCCAACCCGCGAAACGGCGUGCCGUGAACAGGUCAUUCUCUCCUCGCUUCUUCUCCAGUAUGGUUACCGUAACCUCCUGCUUCAGCAGCACCAGACGCUGCUCCACAAGGAUGCCAUGGAGGCUGAUGCGGCGCGGCGGCGGCAGGCGGAAUCGCAUCUGGAAAUUAUGCGACAGACGCCCUCGUCGGUGCUAGCGAAGCAGCGGCGGGAUGUGGAGCAGGGGUUACUGGAGACGGUGCUGCUGGGGGCAAAGCUGCGCAUGAUGGAGGUGGAGAAGUGA